UUCGGAUCCUAAUCCAGAUGAAUUACUAAACUAGACUAGGUGAAUUAGGCGGAAAAAGAUCGGAUUGAAAAGCUAAUCUGCAGUUACAUCCCGACGACCCGACAUCCCACGACGACCCACCCACCCACCUGUGACUCUGCAAUUGCAAUAUCCCGACGACCCACCCACCUAGCCGCUGCUGGCGACUCGCAACGACUCGCGAAUCACCCACGACGACACACCGCUCGCAAUCCGUUGCAACAGGUCAGAACUGAAGUAUCAUAACAUCAAAAGCGACCGUCGUAUUUCGCCGCGACCAUCAAAUAAGCAUAUUCAAAAUUUGAAGGACGGACGCGAACGAAUUCCAGACCCGAUCGAAUUCUCAAUUGCAAGGAAAGGAAAUCAAGCGGAUAUCAUGGAGGUUUUGGGAUGGGAUGGAGCCCUCUCGUCACGUGACUUCCACGUCGCGGCACGUGCUUUUGCCAACAACUGGAAAGAAUUUAACUCGGCCUUUCCUCCAUGGACGUGGGUUCCCUCUCCCAAACAGCCUCCUCAUCUCUCCCGCCUGCAGCAGCAGCAGCAUGGCUACUUAUCGUUGGAGAAGAUUUGCCUUCUUAGGUCAAUCAAGGAAGAUGCUAAUGAAGAGAAUCACGCUUGGGACGAAGAGGAGCCCGAGUCUGUUGAUAAGGCCACGCUGGUUGACACCAGCAAUCUUCAAGUAUGCUACUACGAUUUUCAUAUAGUAUACAGUGAUUCAUAUCGAGUUCCCGUGCUGUAUUUUCGUUGUUACUACAUCGAUGGACAGCCUUUGGCAUUGGAAGAAAUAGAAAAGGACCUACCUGCUCGCUCAUCAAAGGUUUUACUGGAAUCAAAAUGGACAUUUAUAACUCAGGAGGAGCAUCCUUACUUGAACAGACCGUGGUACAAGCUGCAUCCAUGUGGAACCAGCGAGUGGAUGAAGCUGCUUUUCCUUGGUGAUAAUUCUCAGGCUAAAAAUGGAGUGGCAGUUGAACAAUAUUUGGUGUCUUGGCUCUCAGUUGUAGGUCAAGUGGGAUUAGUAUUUAGUGGUGCAUACAAAUGCAAAGGAAAUACUCAUUAUUCUGGAAACUUCCAAAGGAUUAUUACAUUGAUGCUCCUGUUGAAGUGGGUGAUGGGUUUUCCUUCAGUGGAGGAAAGUAUUCUGAUGGACCGAGCCCUUUGGAUGAAUGGUUUAAGCAAAGGGAAGAUAGUGAAAGCUUAUGCUGCUUUUGGUUCCGGCGAGAAGGCAAAAGACCCAAUUUUUGGACUCGCAAUGGGUGCUGAUUCUCAGGCCUCCACUGAUGUUUUCAGAUGGUUUUGCGUUGAAUCCGGAAGUGCUGAUAAUCCUUCAGUUAUAUUGAUUCACGGUUUCCCUUCUCAGGCAUACUCUUACAGCAAAGUUCUUCCCAUACUUUCGAAGGACUAUCAUGCGAUUGCUUUUGAUUGGCUUGGUUUGGAUUUUCAGAUAAGCCUCAACCUAAAUAUGGAUUUGACUACACUACGAAUGGUGAUCGUUUUUGGUCUUAUCUCAUAUGAAGGCAGGCAGAUAAAAGCAAGAAUUACUCUUGUUUAUGUCGUCGAGUUUUUUUCACGGUUUUGCAGAGUUUUUAGCAUCCUUGGAGUCAUUUAUAAACGAAGUUAGCGUUAACAAGGUCACGCUCGUUGUCCAGGGAUACUUUGCGCCUGUUGUGGUUAAAUAUGCUAGCAGUCAUCAGGAAAAGAUUGACAACAUAAUACUCUUAAAUCCUCCGCCUUGUGUGCUCAAAGUCAUGGAAGACACUGCAGUUUGUCGACUGAUCCCAACUAGCACGCAGCUCAUUGUUGACCAUCAUUUUGCUAACAAUGCAAUGAGUCCGUGCUUCUGAGAGCUCAAACAUCUUGGCGAUUUG